UAUAAAAUCAUUUUUAACCUCAUUUUUAAAACCCUCUUUAACCUUGAAAAAUUGUAUAUUACAACGUGGGGUUCUUUAAUACAGCCUCACCUUAAAUGGAUGUUAUCCCUUGAACUGGCACGCGGAUCCUACUGAUUUCGGGACCUCCGGCCACUGAGUCUUGGAUAGUAUAUUGUUGAGGAAUAGAGUUUUAUGGUUUAGAACAAACGUAAACACGCAAGAACUUAUUUUUGUCACCCCAAUCCCGAUAUGUCCGUCCCGAUAUAUCCGCACCCCCUUGGACUAACUCCCCCCCCUCCACACACAAUGGCCAACCACAUUUUUAAAACGUUCCUUGAAUAGAGGCAUAUCAUUAUUGGGAUAUUUAGAAAGAAUGUUUUGGCCGUAAUCAUCCGUAUUUAUUUUGCAGAAAAUCUGCAUUUUUUCUAGAAAAUCCGCAAAUUUUAAAAUUAAUUUAUUUGCCAAUUUUUAACUUGUUGGCAUACUGUUAAUUAAAUUAAAUUUAUUUAGUUAUACCUCACUUCAAUUAAUUUAAAAAAUGACUCUAAGCGAGAGUGCCACUUGUUUUAAAAUUAAAGAUUUACUUAAUAAUUACAAUAUUUUUAAUACACCACUAAAUACAGCAGAAAAUGAAUUGACAGAUGAGGGUGGAGAAAGCGAGUUCAACUACUUGGUUCAACAACAGUCAUCUUUGUGUGAACCUGAUUUUGAUAGAAGUCUCUGUUGGUAUAAUGUCUCUCUUGGCUCCAUCGGCCAACGUCCUUGCCCCUUUCAGUUUUGCAAAUCUUUGCCUGAAUGUGAAUUUAUGGAUCAAACAUAUACAGCUAGCCGUUAUUGUUUUGAGAAUGGAACUUGGGGAGAUAGUAUGUACGGGCAGUGUAUUCAACUGCUUAAAGUUUAUCCUCAAUGUGUCGCGGGCUAUUGCAGGACGUGUCCCAACCUUUUACGCGACACGGUUAUAAGGGUUUCUUUAUCACUUUCUGUUGUUUCCGUUUGUGUUUUACUUGCCGCUCUAGUUCUUUUUUCUGCUUUUGAUUCCGUCCAAUGUCGACGCCUCUCUAUACAUAAAAAUCUAGCAGCUGCCUUCGUUCUCCGUUUUGCCAUACUUGCCCUUUGGACGUUUUUAAAUACUAGAAAUGCAUUUCAAGAUUGUUCACAAUUUGCGCCUUUACAUUUGAGACAAUGGGAAUGGCUAUGCAAAUCCCUACUUUUUGGUCUUAUUUAUUUUCAAGUUGCUUCAGUUAUGUGGAUGUUGAUAGAAGGGGUUUAUUUAUACAGCAGAUUCACAGUAUUUGCAAUGAGACGAUCAGAAGCUCCCUAUUUUGUUUAUCUUUUCACUGGAUGGGUACUUCCUUUUUUAGUUGUAGCCACAUGGGCAACGAUACACGAAAGACAAUCCGAGAGUCGUUCAUUUUGCUGGUUGCCAUAUGCGAAAGGACCUCAUUUGUGGAUUUUGGCGGGUACUAUGGGAAUGGCAUUAAUCUUGAAUGUGUUCCUAUUGCUUCUUAUUAUAAUCAUUUUGGUGCGCAAACUUCGCCAUGAAAGCUCAGCCGAGUCUAGGCAAAUAUGGCGAACGGUUAAAGCCACAAUGUUAUUAGUACCUCUACUUGGAGUCUCAAAUGUGCCACUAUUCUACGAACCUCCCCAACCAAGUGCCUUUUAUAUGCUAGGCUCUGCUAUUUUACAACAUUCUCAGGGUAUUUUCAUCGCUGUGUUAUACUGUUUUUUAAACGCCGAAAUUCAAAAUGCAUUAAAACGCCAAAUAAGCAAAGUUCCCCUCCUUCGAGCUAUUCUGUCAGUAGUUAACCACCCCACUUUGUUUCCCCGUUUACCGCACAUUCCUAAAGGUGUGGGAGGGGUCCGCAAAAUUUCUUAA